GGUUCCAGUAAUUCCCCCCCCCCCCCCCGGACCCCGCGUUCACUAUAUCCGCUCUCCCCGGACCCCGCGUUCACUAUAUCCGCUCUCCCCGGACCCCUCAUUCACUAUAUCCGCUCUCCCCGGACCCCGCAUUCACUAUAUCCGCUCUCCCCGGACCCCGCGUUCACUAUAUCCGCUCUCCCCGGACCCCGCGUUCACUAUAUCCGCUCUCCCCGGACCCCGCGUUCACUAUAUCCGCUCUCCCCAGACCCCGCGUUCACUAUAUCCGCUCUCCCCGGACCCCGCAUUCACUAUAUCCGCUCUCCCCGGACCCGCAUUCACUAUAUCCAAUCUCCCCGGACCCCGCAUUCACUAUAUCCGCUCUCCCCGGACCCCGCAUUCACUAUAUCCUCUCUCCCCGGACCCCGCAUUCACUAUAUCCGCUCUCUCCCCCCGGACCCCGCAUUCACUAUAUCCGCUCUCCCCGGACCCCGCAUUCACUAUAUCCGCUCUCUCCCCGGGACCCCGCAUUCACUAUAUCCGCUCUCCCCGGACCCCGCAUUCACUAUAUCCGCUCUCCCUGGACCCCGCAUUCACUAUAUCCGCUCUCCCCGGACCCCGCAUUCACUAUAUCCGCUCUCCCCGGACCCCUCAUUCACUAUAUCCGCUCUCCCCGGACCCCUCAUUCACUAUAUCCGCUCUCCCCGGACCCCGCAUUCACUAUAUCCGCUCUCCCCGGACCCCGCAUUCACUAUAUCCAAUCUCCCCGGACCCCGCAUUCACUAUAUUCGCUCUAUCUGGACCACGCAUUCACUAUAUCCUCUCUCCCCGGACCCCACAUUCACUAUAUCCUCUCUCCCCGGACCCCACAUUCACUAUAUCCUCUCUCCCCGGACCCCGCAUUCACUAUAUCCUCUCUCCCCGGACCCCGCAUUCACUAUA